AUGGGCUCUGUCACCUGGACCAGUGUGCUCAGUGGCAGCUCAGCAGUCUUCUCUGUGGGAAUUCAGAGCCUGCAGAACCUCUCCAGUAUGAGCAAGAGGGACAUGAGAUGUUUGACAAGUGUCUUGAGUGAUACUUUGUUGGCUAAGUGCGGCACUUCUGCCCCCAGAUGCCUGAACUUCCAGAAUGGCUCUCUAGUGCUGAAGACUGUGGAGAAAGAGGAUGAAGGAAAAUAUGAGUUUGUUUUUCACAACACCACCAGAGUUUUUACACUGCAAAUAUUUGAGCCAACCAUUGGUAUCCAGUGCUUUCCUAAUGGGACUGGAGAGGUGUCUUGCAACGUGAACAGCAACGAGAGCACCAGCUUUCGGUGGCUGCUGAAUGGCACCGUGAUGAGUGCCCCUGAGGCUUGUGUUAAGGAUGGUGGGAAGAAGGUUCGCCUGGACAAAACUGUGCCUGGAGAGCUUGUAUGUGAGGUUUACCAUGGGAACAGUGUCACCAGGACCAAGCCUGUUUUGCUCUCUUGCAGCUAUGGAGACCUGCUGCAGUAUCCGUGGUUCAUCUACAUCCUUGCAGGGAGUGCAGGGGGUGCAGUUAUCCUGGUGGUGCUUGUGUCCUCAGUCAUAUGCUGCUGCAUGAAAAGGAAACACAAGUUCAUACCAGUGCCUUCAGAGGAGGAGAAGGAUGACAGACUAAUAAUGUCUAUGAUCUCCAGUGAAAGUGUGAAGAGCCCCCCCAGUGGAGACCAUGUUGAGGCUCAAGCUGCCCAAAUUGACUGUCCUCCAAAGCCUGAUGCUGCCCAGACUGACCAAGAUGUUGAGCCUCAGCCACCUGUGGAAGAAAACUUGGCAGUGGAGAUGGAGGCUGAGCAAAUGCCAGACCCAGAGGUCAUAGUUGAUAUGGAAAGCCAGGAAAAUCCCUCAGACUGUUUCCUAGAUCCAAGUGAUGACUGAUCUGCCAUGCUUGCUGUUCUACCCUGCCUUAAAGCCUACAAUACUUGUCCUUUGCAUCCCAUAGUCCCGCUAUGUGUAAGAAUUAG